AUGUCCUCAUCAUCCCAUAACCCCCACAACACCCCAACCCUCCCCAACUUCACCCGAUACAUCACAACCCACGACGCCAACGGUACCGCGAUAAUCCACAGUGAAACGGAAAGUACAUUCAGAGAAUACGACAACGGUAGCCUCCGCUUUAAUGUCCCCUUCACAACCUCCCAGUUCCCUGCCGAACUAAGCGGUGACGCCGAUAUAGCCGCCCACGAGUCCUUGAUAGCGUCUGGCAACCUGGGUCUGGUUAGCUUUAGUGGAACUGUCUGCCGGGUUGUGGACUUUGCGCCUCUGAAAUCGGGAGGCAAGGGAUUGAUGCAUCGGACUCAGAGCUUGGAUUAUGGGAUCGUCCUGGAGGGAUCUAUUGAGAUGUGGUUGGACUCGGGGGAGAUGAAGCUCUUGAAGAAAGGUGAUAUUGCUGUGCAGAGAGGAACAAUGCAUGAGUGGAGAAAUGCAAGUGAGACGGAGUGGACUAGGAUGGUUUUCGUGCUGCAGGGUACCAAGCCUUUAGUUGUUGGGGAUAAAGUGCUGAAGGAGGAACUGGGGACUCAGACGGAGAUUAAGCCCAGUGUGAGUGCAACUAAUCUGUGA